CCGAGUCUCUCGUUGUCGGCUCCGGGGAGGAAAGGGGCGGUUGGUGCGGUCUCCAUUGUUCGGGAUCUAGGACGCCAUGAGGGGUGACAGAGGCCGUGGUCGUGGCGGGCGCUUUGGUUCCAGAGGAGGCCCCGGAGGAGGGUGAGUGCCAGUUUUUAGCUUCUCUGCACCGGUUAAUUUCCAUUUCAGUCAUUUAAAUAGGAGUUUGGAGUGGACUAAUCUUACCUGCACUUUGUGCGAUCUAGCUGUGGUGCAGAAGCAUUCAUUUCUUGCUCUCCUGAUAAAUGAGUUCAGCCGCAUUAUGCGAAGUCAGUUUGAUUUCUGUAGUGAAUAACUUGGAUUGUUUGUCCUAUUUUAGGUUCAGGCCCUUUGUGCCACAUAUCCCAUUUGACUUCUAUCUGUGUGAAAUGGCCUUUCCUCGGGUCAAGCCAGCGCCUGAUGAAACUUCCUUCAGUGAGGCCUUGCUGAAGAGGAAUCAGGACCUUGCUCCCAAUUCUGCUGAACAGGCCUCUAUCCUUUCUCUAGUGACGAAAAUAAACAAUGUGAUUGACAAUUUGAUUGUGGCUCCAGGGACAUUUGAAGUGCAAAUUGAAGAAGUCCGACAAGUCGGAUCAUAUAAAAAGGGAACAAUGACUACGGGACACAAUGUGGCUGACCUGGUGGUGAUCCUGAAGAUUUUGCCAACAUUGGAAGCCGUUGCUGCACUAGGGAACAAGGUCGUGGAGAGCCUAAGGGCACAGGAUCCUUCUGAAGUUUUGACCAUGCUGACCAAUGAAACUGGCUUUGAAAUCAGUUCUUCUGAUGCUACAGUGAAGAUUCUCAUUACAACAGUGCCACCCAACCUCCGAAAACUGGACCCAGAACUCCACUUGGAUAUCAAGGUGUUGCAGAGUGCCUUAGCAGCCAUCCGACAUGCCCGCUGGUUUGAGGAAAAUGCUUCUCAGUCCACAGUUAAAGUUCUCAUCAGACUGCUGAAGGACCUGAGGAUUCGUUUUCCUGGCUUUGAGCCCCUCACUCCCUGGAUACUUGACCUACUUGGGCACUAUGCCGUGAUGAACAACCCCACCAGACAGCCUUUGGCCCUAAAUGUGGCAUACAGACGAUGCUUGCAGAUUCUGGCUGCAGGACUGUUCCUGCCAGGGUCAGUGGGUAUCACUGACCCCUGUGAGAGUGGCAACUUCAGAGUACACACAGUCAUGACUCUGGAACAGCAGGAUAUGGUCUGCUACACAGCUCAGACUCUGGUCCGAAUCCUCUCACAUGGUGGCUUUAGGAAGAUCCUUGGCCAGGAGGGUGAUGCCAGCUAUCUUGCUUCUGAAAUAUCCACCUGGGAUGGAGUGAUAGUGACACCUUCAGAAAAGGCUUAUGAGAAGCCACCAGAGAAGAAGGAAGGAGAGGAAGAGGAGGAGAAUACAGAAGAGCCACCUCAAGGAGAGGAAGAGGAAAGCAUGGAGACUCAGGAGUGACCUCCCUGUUUCUUCACCCCCCUUUCUGACCCAAGGAGAAGACUGGAGCCUAAGCUAACUGCUACUGGGCUUUAUGUGGUGGCAUUUCUGAAGGAUAGGGGAGACAGGAAUGAAGAUUAAAAAGACUAUAGAAGGAAGUGUCAUUCUACUGGGUUCUGAAACUGGCUUAGUAGCCAGAAGUCUCCCAUUUAUGACCUAUGCCAUCCAUCUAUAGUGAAGCAAGGAUACCAGCUUUUCUUCCUAAAACUCCAGAAUCCCGAGCUCCUGGAAGCGUCUCAACCAGUAUACUUUGUUGUUGAAAUGUCGUGAACUGUUAGUGUUUGGAUUUUUUUUUUUUUUUCUAAGAAAAAAGAUUAAAGUACUUCCUAGUAGG